AGAAGCCAUGAAGUCUUCUUCUAUCUUCUUCUUCUUCCUCUUCUCAUGGCAAUUCUACUUCACUCUCUCUCUCUUCAUCCACCAAACCCUAAACCUCAAAACCCUAAUAAACCCAAAAUUCUCUCUCCUUCUGCAACUUUUCGUAGAGAUGUGGUGCUUAGAACAGCAUCUCUCUGUUUCGUCUCUUUCAUCAUUCAAAACCCAAUUCAAGAGUCAUUAGCCGAUCCUUUGAAGUCUUCCAAACCGUUAAGACUCGGCAUUGCGAACACUAAGUCUUGGUUCCAGUUCUUUGGUGAUGGGUUCGCUAUUAGGGUUCCUCCUGACUUUGAAGACGUCAAUGAGCCUGAGGAUUACUCUGCGGGAUUGUCUCUCUAUGGGGACAAGGCAAAGCCCCAAACUUUCGCCGCCCGGUUCCAAACUCCUGAUGGAUCAGAAGUUUUGAGUGUAGUCAUUCGCCCUUCAAAUCAACUUAAGAUCACUUUCUUAGAGGCUAAAGAUAUAUCCGAUUUGGGUUCAUUAAAGGCAGCUGCAAGACUCUUUGUUCCAGGUGCCGCGACUAUUUACUCUGCUCGUACAAUCAAGGUAAAGGAAGAAGAAGGUUUAAGAAAUUACUACUUCUACGAGUUUGGUAGAGAUGAAGAACGCAUAGCUCUAGUAGCCUCUGUGAACAGAGGGAAGGUUUAUAUCGCUGGAGCAGCUGCACCGGAAUCCAAAUGGAAAGACGAUGAAUUUCGGAGUGGAAAUGAGUUCUCUUUGAUUCAAAUUGGAGAUGAUUUCAGAUUUGGGUGUUGGAGAAGCUAUCAUUCUUCUCUUUGUCACGUUCCUGAAGCUUUUGGAAAAAGUGUGUAUUCACGUUUAUAUCAAGGCCACAACGCCAACACACAUUUGCUUCGAUCUACAAUGAUUGCAGAGUCUUUGCCGUUUACGAACGAAAAAAGGUCUGCUGCAACGCAAGUAAAGGCACCACCUCAGCUACAGAAAACGGGUGCCGUUAGAGUGUCGAUGGUAAGUCCUGGAUUUGUAUAUGAACCCUAUGCACUCCAGGAGAAAAUUUCGAUUUGGCGGAGAUGUUUUACAAGAAGUGGUUGGCGAAGAACGAAAGAGGAUUUUAUACGGGAGCUAAGAAGUGCCUACGCUAUUGCUAAGUUAAGAAAGACUGGGUAUUCAAAGAAUACGUUCUACAUAGAAGCACUAGAGUUAUACAAACAGAUUAACAUUCUCAUGGCCAAUGGUGACAAGAAGACUAUAAGGAAGAAUGUAACUGAAAGAAUGUAUUCUGCACUGAAGAACGAAAUUAAACAAAGAGAAGCCAUGUGGGAUGGUGUUUACUGGGAAAUGAUUGAGCCGGUUGUCAAGAUCCGAACUUUACAAGCUCGACUGAUCGGAAUUGACCGGACAGACCUUAAGAAAGCAUUCAUACAACUGACACUAGAGUUUCUGACAAAGCAGAAAUUCGAAGCUUACGAUGCAAAAGGCAAUGUAGUAGCUGGAGACAAGAACAAAGAGGUGCUUGUACGUGACAUAUGGGUCUUUGAGAAGUCUCUUUUCCAUACAGGAGCUUACUGGCGGCUCUGUGGCCGGAUCAAAUUAUGAAGUUUUGCAACAUUGUGGACAAAGAGUGUCAACAGUUUCAGACAGAAUAAAUCCAACAUGUUCCU